CUUCUGGUUGAAAAAACUUUCGAUUCAUCGAAAUAAAACAAAGAAAUGGCGAAUGGAAAGAGUAAAAAUACGAAGAAAGACGGCGUUGACAAGAAGAAAACUUCGAAAACGAAGAAGAAGUCAAAUUUGUCGAUUUCCAAAUCGCAAACUUCGGUGGAUAUGAAUGAAAAGGACAAAUCAAAGGAGGCAAAGGAAGCAAAGGAGUUGAAAGAGAAGAAGGCAAAAGAGGAAGCCGAGAAGAAGGUUGUUGCCACACCAAAAAAAGAUGCUUCGAAGGAUCAGGCAAAGAAGGAGGAAGAUCCUAAUAAGCAAAACGAACCAAGUGGAAUGGAUGUUCUUGUGAAGGAGGACGGCAAGAAGACAAAAAUGGACGAUGGCUACGAGGAUUUCGGUCCAGGCGCCGGUGCUGCUCAAUGAGCAAAUGGUCGAGAAACUGAAGCAAAAAGGAAUCUUUUAGUAUUGUAUUUUAAUAAAAGAAUUUU